UGAUUAUACUCCUACUCGGUGAUUGCUGGCAUCAUAAAUAGAUAGAAAUAUUUAUUAGAUGACACUAAGUGAGGCAAUAGAAAAGUUGUACUUGGUGCAUAUAUCGCUGCAAGAAACGGCACCAAGCGCGCCAGAAUGUUACAUAAUAGCCGAACACGACAAAGAAGGAAUUUUGAACUAAAAUUGAAUACGACCGUAGAAUUACGAACUCCUUGAAUAAACAAAUAUCUGUAAUAUUCAGCAUUGAUUAAUAUUUCACCUAUACAUAUAUAUUCCUAGUCAAAAAUAUUGGUUAAUUUAGUCUUUGAAUCACUUAGUCAUUCGAAUGUUACAAUUUCUAUACAAAGGUCAGUUUAUGUGAUCACGUGACAUGAUUGUAAAACAGUGAUGGAGUGCAGAUAAACUUUGGUAACUCCCUAACUGCUGAUACUAACACAAAAUCGAAUAGAUGCAGAAACAUCCCCUAAAUUGAUCUGAUACACCUAAUCUACCACCCUAAUACAUCCACAUAAAUAAAAGUUUCCCUUUCAAAAGAAGGAUAGAUAUUGAUAUAUUUUAUGAUAUUAUUCAUAUAUUUAUACUCAAUUCCUAUUUAAGCUUUUAUAUAAAGGAGAAGCUAAUCUAUCUAAUUCUUUUUAUUAUUGAGAUAUAUUACAUCGCAGCACCCCCUAAGGUAAAUCUUAUCUUCAAUUAUUACUUUUUUUAGAGAUGAGAUAUAAAGCAACAUAUAUGGUGUCUAGUAUAUCUAGGCUUCCAACGUUUGCAGGAAAAUCCAUGACCAACGUAAUGGUGAUGAGAAAUGUCGAUUCCUCCUGUUUAUUACUUAGAAGUGUACACACCAAGAUCUAUGAUGGGGUACCAUUACUUACCCAAUCUCGGCAUUUAGCAACAUCCACAGGGAAUGAAGAUGAAGAUUAUGAAAUUGAUCUUAUAUCUAUGAAGAAAACUCCGAAAGCAAUCCAAAGAAAGAAAAAGGGAUUUGUUGAUCCAAAUGUGUUCAGGAGUAAACCCCCAGUAAAUGACACUAAAUCCGAAACUUUAGUACUUACGCCAGAUGAUUUGAACCAAAUUGAAUCUUUUGCAAAGGAAAAUAGAGCUGUCUUAGAAGAGUUUCAGAUAUUUUUACGGAAUUUAGACAAUACGGAUACCAUUUUAGGCAUCAAUCACUUGAAAAUAUCUGAGAUUGAAGAGUAUCUCAAAUUAUUUACACAAUCAGUUAAAGAUGGUGAAAUUGAUUCCGUCAGUUUAGAAGAAUGUGAAUACUCAUUAAAUGGGCUAAAUAAUUUGAAAGAUUCAUCUCUUGUUCCAGAAAAAUUAAAUGAGUUUUUACAACAAGAAAUUGCCAAAUACUUUUAUUUUGACUUUGGUGCUUGGAAAUUCAUCCCAGAGAUUCGAAACGUAUCAAAAUUUACUGAUUUGAAAAAGUCAAAGGCUAAUGAGAUAGCCAAUAUUCUUGAACACGAAUUGAAUCAAUUCAAGAGUCUUGAAGUACAUGAGUUGGGAGAAUCCGGGGAAAUAGGUGAAGAUUAUUUUAUGGCUUUGAUCCAAGUCAAAAGAUAUGAAGCGUUAAAAGAAUUCUUACUGCAAUUUGAUACAAUUCCUCUUGGUUUGGCUUAUAUAGCUGAAGAUCCAAAGUCUGAGUUGAUCGCUGAAAAAUUCGCUAGUCAAAGGCAAGAUAUUUCUCAUCUUUCUCAACAUAAGCUGGUCUUAUCUUAUGUGAAGAGAGACAUUCUUGGUGGUAAACUGUUUGCUGAUUUAAGACCCGAAGAACUUUUAAAUAUUCUCUAUCAAAAUAGGAAGGAUACAGAAGAUUGUAAACUCUUAUUUGAUGAAAUGUUUAAUUUGCUUGGGUCAGGUAGGUUUGCUAAUUUAGAAUUAAGUAUGAUUGAUAAAAUUUGCGAGGCUAAUGAUGACCUGUUGAUUAUGAGACAAUUUCUUAUUCAAAGAGAUUUUGCUCAUGUUAAACUGCGUUUAUCUGACGUUCAUGGACCAACUGUACGGAAUAUUAUCCUGUAUUAUACUGAUGUUUCCUCGAAAAGUCCUAGUUCGAAAUUAACUGAGGAGCGUUUAGAUCACCUUGCAUCAGAUAAAAGAGAACUUGAACAGAUUGUUUAUGAUAUGCAACAUUGUAAAAUUGAUGAAAUUGAAAAUUUAUCAAUUCUGGCUGAAAAUAUUUUCCACGUUUGGGUUUCUAAGUAUGAUCACGAAAGAAGUUUGCACCCUCGUGAAUAUACUGAGAUCCCUGACGAUCUGCAAAUUUAUAAAUAUGUCGAUCAACUUGAAACUUUUAGAGUCGACUGGUUGUGUAAUCAAGAUUUUGGCGAACUUGAAGAAGAUUAUAUAAUGGAUGAACUUGAUGAGUUCAUUGAGACGUUGGGAUUAGAUCAAAAGUUGGAAUUCCGUAAGUUGAAAAAUCAAUUGGACAUAUUAUUUUCUAUCAAUUAUGGAGAUACGUCAGUUCUUGAUACUUUAAUCCACAGUCAAUCCGUAUUCAACAACUUUGAGAAGAAAAUAGUAAAAGAAAAUGAAAAGUCUACAUCAAAUACCACAUAUUUUCAAGUUCCAGAAGGAUUUGCAUUGGAAGAAUAUGUUAACGAAUUGAUUACUUUACAAAAGACAUUAGGUUCGAAUUUUGCAAGUAUUGAUUGUAAAUCAAUAUUACAAUCUUUACAAGGAAUAAUUGAUGAAAUUCCUGAUUCAAACCCUGAAAAAGUUUUAUAUCGUAAACUAUUCCGGAAUCUUACAAUUCUAUUCAAAUAUAACAAUGAACAUGCAUUUGUUUUAGAUCAAGUUAUAUUGAAUUCAAAAGUAUUCAAGGAAUUUGAAUUGAAGCAUGAACGUAUACGUUCAAAUGAAUCACAUGAAAUAGAUCCAGCAUUGGUAGAAACUUUUGAACUUGUCCAGAAGCAUGCUGAGACAUUGAAACAAAUUCGCGAGUAUAAUAAUUGGGGAUCAUUCACUGUGGCAGAAUUUGCCAGAAUCUCAACUGAAGAUUUCAAUAUCGCUCUUAAAGCUUGUUUAUCUAAAGUUGAACAGAAUGAAACUUAUAAUGUUCCAAUGUUCAAAUUUGUUAUUUCCUCACUUCAAUCAUUGAAUCCGCAAGUUGAGAAGUUCCCAUUAUUUUUGUACUCAUUGGUUGAUAAAGCAAAGAAUGGCUACUCGAUUUUAGAAUUGGGUGAUGUUGAAGAGCUCUAUAAAAACUGUAAAGGUUCGGUGCCUCCAAUUAAGGUUAAGGCUGUUUCCAUGCAAGAGAAAGAUCAUUUAUUUACAGAUGCAGAACAAGCAAAGGAAAAUAAGUUUGAUAUUCUGGACUUCAUGACUAGUAGGGCAACUCUCAAGGAUAAUGGUUUCUCUAUUAAAAAUGUCACUUAUAAUGACCCUGAACACGUUAGUUCAAAAAUUCCCAAGGGUAAUAAACCACUCGAAGAAAAUACUUUUUUCACAGUCCAAGAACAACAAGAGAAAAUAUUGAAAGAAAAGUACAAUUACCCUCGUGAAAAAGUAACCGAAGAUGAAGAAUUGGAAUCAUUAACUGCUGAAAACAUUAGAAAAAGUUAUCGUCAGGAAACAUCAAUUGCUAAUGAUACAUCUGUGGAAAACUUGGAGGGAUUUUUAAGGAAUGCCAAAAAGGAAAAAGAGUUAAAAAAAGAAAGGAAAUUUCGUGAAAGUAAAGCAUACGAUUGGAGUACUAGUAUGUGUAACUCUCACAGAUCGUUGGAAUCUGGAAACUUUUUCAGUCCGCUUUCCUCGUUUGGUGGAGACUCUAGUAGGUUAUUAUUCCCUGAACCUUCAGCUUCAAGGGGAAGAAAAGAGUAUUUACUCUGGACUGGUAAUGGAUCAAGCAUUAAAUCCUCUGUUAACCCACUUGGGCCAAAUCAUAUUGAAGAAGAUAUGUUCACAGUGUUGAAUAAGUUUCCUAGGCAUGAUUUACACAAGUUGAUUAAGAAUGUGAAGAAACAACAGAGAAGAAAUUGGAAGAUCAUUGGAGGUGGAGGUGACGGAGAGAAAUUGUUGGUUUUCGCUCGUGACAGUAAUGAGAAGAGAGAUUGGAUCUUUUCUAAGCUAAGAACUCUUCUUGCUGGUACGGGUGCAAUGUUUCUUUCGUUGGUAGGGAUUAACUGGUGGUUAGGGGAAAAAUUAGAAGAAGUCUCCUAUGGACCAGUUAAUCAAAUUCCUUCUACAGAAAUUGCGGUUAUUGGUAACGGUCCAGAAGAAACUGUGGUGAGUAUCCCAGUUCUGGAUGGUACUGACCCUGUGGAAGUGAAGAAAUCAACGUCGUGGAAGAGCUGGCUCUGGAGUUCAAGACUGUAGAUUUUAUUUUAUAUUUGGGAAAUGGUGGGAAAGCUGGUUCUUGAAGGGAAAGCUUAUUGGUAUCAUUGGAAAGGAUAAACCGUGGAAAGGUUUUUGUGGUUAGCGGAAUGUGUGUGGAGAGUUAAAGUUUGAUUUUUUAUUUAGAUUGUUUUCACUUUAAAUAUUUGUUUAUGUUUUCAA